ACCGGAAACUAUAAUUAACUGGCUUAAUGUGCACUGGAUAGAGGAUAAUCUUUAAAAAAAAACAUGAUGGAAAUAUAUACCAAUAUUUGUAUUGCUUUAUUUAUCGUAUCUAUUUCAUGUUCAGUGAUAGAAGUGAAAGUUAAAGCACGACUAGAUUCCAUAAGAAACAAACAUGGGAUAUCCUGCCCUAAAAACCUGGAAUUACUUCAUGGCGGACAGUGAUGGGGAUACAUUGCUACACAUCGCCAUUAUUCUGUGCAGAUCUAACAUUGCACUGCUGCUCAUAGCAUGCGCGCCUACCAGGGGGUGGCUUUCACAGCAAAACACUUCUUUCCAGUCACCGCUUCACCUGGCGGUCUUAACAGACCAGCCAGAAAUGGUGUACGCACUAUUUUGCGCAGGUGCAGAUUUGUUGGUCCAGGAUGCAAACGGAAACACUCCACUUCAUGUAGCUGUUCGUGACGGCCAGAUUCAAAUGACCGGUCUCAUAUUACAAGGACCACAUAGUAUACGUAAUUGCAGAAUACGUAACUACGAAGGUCUGACGUGCGUUCAUCUGGCCGCCAACGGCAGACACGUUGCUCUCGUUCAGCUGCUUGUUGUACGGGGCGCAGACGUCAAUGCUUGUGAAGGGAAAACCGGAAGGACUGCACUUCAUAACGCGUGUGUCAGUGGGGAUGUUGCCAUGGUCAGGGCGCUUAUACGCGUUAAAACGUGUAACUUAAACGCCCGCGCCUACGACGGAUUGACCCCGUUUGACCUUGCCCGGGCUUGGGGGCAUGAAGAAGUUUGCACGGUGCUGGCGGCACAAGGUGCUAUGACAGCAGAAGAUGACAGUGAUUUUUAAUACAGAUGUUUAGAAUACAUCGUGCAUGUAUGCGGUUGUCGACGUGUUCAAACUAUACACCAUUAAACUACCUCUGUAUCUGAGUCAGUCGGACAGAUUACUCUCAUGAUAUUCUUUUAACCAAAAUAAAACACAAUUUGUGUAAUCUUAUGCUCUUAUAUGUUGUUUAUUUAUAGAUAGAAUGUCUUUCAAUAAA